AUUCCUGCCCUGCUUUUGACCACUGCUUCAUGAGAGACACCGGCAGGGAAGGGACAGAGCCAUCUUGGGAUGCGUGUGUGCAUGCGCGUUUGUGUGCGCACGUGUGUGUGUGUGUGUGUGUGUGUGUGUGUGUGUGUGUGUUAAAACACUGCUGUUUCCAAGCUUUGGCUACUGCUCUCUGGCUGGUGACUCUUGCUCAUGCCUCUCUCUCUCUCUCUCUCUCUCUCUCUCUCUCUCUCUCUCUCUCUCUCUCUCUCCCUCCCUCCCUCCCUGCAAAAAUUAAAUGGAUAAUUUCUAGCUGAUACCAAGCGGUGCCCACACACCCGUGUCCUUCAGUGUUGAUUGGAUCUCUCUCUCUCUCUCUCUCUCUCUCUCUCUCUCUCUCUCCUCUCCACUCUCCUCCCCUCCCUCUGGCCCCAGUUUGUAAUCUGACACAGUGCACUGCAGUGGCUGUCUCUGUCUCUCUCUUGGAGCCCGGGAGGCUGGGCACCGAGAACAUCCAAGGAUGAUGAACUAAAGGCCGCUGUGCAGAGAGAGCAUCACCUGAAGCCCCUGGAAAGGCCUUCCCUCGAGGGCCCGGCAGCAUGACCAGGUGAAGGCUGAACAUGCCUGGCUCUCCGUGGUGACCUGAGAGGAGAGUUCAAUUCACUGUGUGGGAGAAAAGCCAGCUCCAAGCCAAACUGGAGAACUUGGAACAGGUCCUGAAGCAUAUGCGAGAGGCUGCUGAGCGGCGGCAACAGCUGGAGUUGGAGCAUGAGCAAGCCCUGGCCAUCCUCAAUGCCAAGCAGCAGGAGAUCCAGCUACUGCAGCAGGCUCAGGUUGAAGCUAAGAAAGAGCAUGAAGGUGCUGUGCAGCUGUUAGAGUCCAAGGUCCGAGAGCUGGAAGAGAAAUGCCGUGUGCAGAGUGAGCAGUUUAACUUGUUGUCCCGGGACCUGGAAAAGUUCCGGCAACACACUGGGAGUAUUGACCUGCUGGGCAGCAGCUCAGUGGCCCUGCUGGAUGUCCCCUUGGCCCCUGGCAAGCCUUUCCCUCAGUACAUGAAUGGACUAGCCACCUCCAUCCACAAAGGUCAUGAGGGCCCCACUGGACACUACUCUGUGAUUGGUGACUAUAUUCCGCUGUCUGGGGACAAGCUGGAGUCUCCGUGUGUGAAGCCCUCCUUCCUGUUGCGAUCCAGCAGCCCAAGAUGCAGAUUUGAGUCCGAGAUGGACAAUGACCGGAACUCUAACAACUCCAAGCAAAGCAGCUCGGGGAAGGUGCACCUGUGUGUGGCCCGCUACAGUUACAACCCCUUCGAUGGGCCCAAUGAGAACCCAGAAGCUGAGCUGCCUCUCACGGCGGGAAAGUACCUCUAUGUCUAUGGGGACAUGGAUGAAGAUGGGUUCUAUGAAGGAGAGCUUCUGGAUGGGCAAAGGGGCUUGGUGCCUUCCAACUUUGUGGAUUUUAUCCAGGACAAUGAGUCGCGGCUGGCUGGUACUCUGGGGAGUGAGCAGGACCAGAACUUUCUCAACCACUCUGGCAUCAGUCUGGAGCGCGACAGCAUCCUUCACCUUCACUCCCCAACUCAAGUGGACUCGGGGAUCACCGACAAUGGUGGGGGGACCCUGGACGUGAACAUCGACGACAUCGGAGAAGACACUGUGCCUUACCCUAGGAAAAUCACCCUUAUCAAACAGCUUGCCAAAAGUGUCAUCGUGGGCUGGGAGCCCCCUGCUGUGCCUCCUGGCUGGGGCACCGUGAGCAGUUAUAAUGUGCUGGUGGACAAAGAGACACGCAUGAGCCUUGCCCUGGGUAGGAGAACUAAGGCGCUGAUCGAGAAACUUAACACAGCUGCCUGCACCUACCGCAUCUCCGUGCAGUGCGUCACGAGCCGGGGAAACUCGGACGAGCUGCAGUGCACUCUGCUGGUGGGCAAGGAUGUGGUGGUGGCACCGUCCCAGCUGCGUGUGGACAACAUCACACAGAUCUCUGCCCAGCUCUCGUGGCUGCCGACCAACAGUAACUACAGCCAUAUCAUCUUCCUCAACGAAGAGGAACUGGACAUCGUGAAGGCAGCCAGGUACAAGUACCAAUUCUUCAACCUCAGGCCUAAUAUGGCCUACAAGGUGAAGGUCUUGGCCCAGCCACACCAGAUGCCCUGGCAGCUGCCGCUGGAGCAGAGAGAAAAGAAGGAGGCCUGUGUGGAGUUCUCCACGCUGCCUGCAGGACCUCCGGCCCCACCACAAGAUGUCACUGUCCACGCUGGGGCCACAGCCGCCUCUGUUCAGGUCUCCUGGAAGCCCCCUGCACUGACUCCCACUGGGUUGUCCAAUGGAGCAAAUGUCACAGGAUACGGCGUGUACGCCAAAGGGCAGAGGGUGGCUGAGGUCAUCGCCCCCACGGCAGAUGGCACGGCAGUGGAGCUGAUCCGGCUGCGAAGCCUGGAGGCCAAGGCCGUGAGUGUGCGUACCCUGUCUGUACAGGGAGAGUCCAUGGAUUCUGCCCUCGCUGCCAUUCCCCCUGACCUCCUGGUGCCUCCAGCCCCCCACCCGAGGACUGCUCCCCCACCAAAGCCAUUAGCAAGUGACAUGGAUACCAAAGACCAACACCUGGGGCCCCACGUCAAAGUGGAUGAGUCCUGGGAGCAGAGCCGGUCACCGGGCCCUGCACACGGCCACAUGUUGGAACCACCUGACAUGCACAGCGCUGGCCCAGGCAGAAGGUCACCCUCACCCAGCCGGAUCCUUCCUCAGCCACAAGGAGCCCCUGUGUCUACCACCGUCGCCAAGGCCAUGGCCCGUGAAGCUGCACAGAGGGUGGCUGAGAGCAACAGGUUAGAGAAAAGGAGCCUCUUUCUAGAGCAAAGCAGUGUGGGGCAAUACACCAACUCGGAUGAGGAGGACGGCUACGCCUCCCCCGAGGUCAAGAGGAGAGGCACCUCGGUGGAUGACUUCCUCAAAGGGUCAGAGCUGGGCAAGCAGCCCCACUGUUGCCAUGGAGAUGAGUACCACACAGAGAGCAGCCGGGGGUCAGACCUGUCAGACAUCAUGGAGGAGGAUGAGGAGGAGCUAUACUCAGAGAUGCAGCUGGAGGAUGGGGGCCGACGUCGGCCCAGCGGUACCUCUCACAACGCCCUCAAGAUUUUAGGAAACUCCGCGCUGAUGGGACGGGCAGACCGGAUGGAACACGUGAGCCGAAGGUAUUCACACAGUGGCGGAGGGUCUCAUAGGCACCGCCCGGCGAUGGCUCCAUCCAUUGAUGAAUACAGCAGCCGAGACCAUCUUUCUCCAGACUUCUAUGAUGAGUCCGAAACUGACCCUGGUGCUGAGGAGCUCCCAGCCCGUAUCUUUGUGGCUCUGUUUGACUAUGACCCACUUACCAUGUCCCCAAACCCAGACGCUGCUGAAGAGGAGCUUCCCUUCAAAGAAGGACAGAUCAUCAAGGUAUAUGGAGACAAAGACGCAGAUGGCUUCUACCGUGGGGAGACCUGUGCCAGGCUCGGCCUCAUUCCCUGUAACAUGGUCUCUGAGAUCCAUGCGGAUGAUGAGGAGAUGAUGGACCAGCUGCUGAGGCAAGGCUUCCUCCCUCUGAACACGCCUGUGGAGAAAAUAGAGAGAAGUAGAAGAAGCGGCCGGGGUCACUCUGUACCCACACGAAGAAUGGUGGCUCUCUACGACUAUGAUCCUAGGGAAAGCUCUCCUAACGUGGAUGUUGAGGCUGAACUUCCAUUUUGCACAGGAGACAUUAUUACUGUUUUUGGUGAAAUCGAUGAAGAUGGAUUUUAUUAUGGAGAGCUGAAUGGGCAGAAAGGCCUUGUGCCUUCCAAUUUCCUGGAAGAAGUGCCUGAUGAUGUGGAGGUCCACCUUUCCGAUGCUCCGCCCCACUACUCCCGCGACCAGCCCAUGCGCUCCAAGGCCAAAAGGAAGAGUGUUCAUUUCACACCCUAAUCAGGCAUGUAGCCGUCACGUAAGUGAGCAACCGAAGACACCUUAGAGAGAUACCGACUUAAGCUACCCUAAGCGGACAGCGCGGUAGUCUUAAGACGUCAAUGUGGGCUUAAAGAAAGAGAGAGAAAAGAAAUAUGUCUCAAAACAAACAAACAAACAAAAAACCAUUGGACCUAAAGUAUUAGGCUAUCUCACCUGGUCUCAGUUGCCUGGCAACUGGAUUCAUAGUGAAAUGAAUCAUCUCGAACAAUUUUUUUUUUUAAAUGUGUCCAUUGAGAAUACGGGAAAGGCCAACCUUGGGAACAUAUUUCUUAAAGCUGUUUGUUUACACAAGAGUGCGCCAGCGUGUACUCACAAGGAGAGUUGCCUAUUGCAUUGUUAGCUACCCUCAGUCAAAAAGCACAACCGGAUCCAUGUGUUUACCGUAGCAGGGUUGACUCAUGGUGAGAGCCAAGACAAAACUUUAAUCCCAGAUCAAGCCCCAAGGGGUGGCCUUGGCUCUGGGCAUGCCAAAGCUGGCGGAAUACCCAGCUGCAGCCCCUUGGCCUUAGGAGCAGGUGUUCCCUCUCCUCAAAGCACAAUUGUCCCGAGCUCAUGGAGGUACGCAUGUACCUACGAGGUGCUGGCAUACUAAUGCAAUAGUGUCUCCGGAUGCGGCAGCUCCCAUGACUGCGCUAGCUGGCCCCAUGGUAUCUUCAGGUGUGCUUUGGGUGCGCCCUAGGUGUUCUCCAUUAGAGUUAGACCUUGAUUUUCAAUCCAAGCAAGCUUGGGGGCCCCUUGCCUUUUAUUGUGUGCCCACUGAGUGCCCUGGUCUCACUCGCCAAGUUUUGCUCUGGGGAGAUUAGUGAACCAGAAGCCUGGCGAUCCCUGGCCACUCCCAGGCGUGUGCCUAGCUGCAGAAUGAAGUGAAAUUGGCACGCAGUGUUCCUGAAUCAAAUUCCACCCCCCUUGGAAGCACUGUUGGUCGGCCACCUAAAGUCUCUCAAAGCCCACCAUCUCUCUGUGCUGGGGAAAGUGCACACUCCUCCAUUGGGAAAUGGUGAGAGUCUUCAAGAAGGGCCUUUGAGCUUCCUUAGAUUACAAUUAAGGUUCAUUUCCGUUUUUUUUCUUUCAAACAGUGUGCCAUCCCCAAAGUUUCUGUAGGACUCUAACUGACCCAAGGGCUCACUCCACCAUGGCAGGGCCUUAUCGACCCCCACCUAGUUCAUGAUCCAUCCAAAUUCCCACUGAGAGCUUUUUUGAUUUACAGUGAUUGAUGGGUAUCUCGGCCACCUUGCCUAUCCAUCUGAUUGACAAUAACCCCUCCCCUGCUUUUAGUCUGAAUUUCCAGAGUAAAUUAUGACCUGGCUUUCUUUGCCAAAGCGAUGGCCACCCCGUCUCCCAAGACAAAGACGGCGAAAGCCCAUGGAGGGCCAGCCCCUCUCUCUCAGAGGGGCCUUGGGAGAGGGCGUGUGCUUCUCAUGGCAUACUUUAAAAAUUGAAAGAAGAAACGAACCACCACCCAACCCACCCUUUCCCCUGGCUGGCGGGAGUCGGGGGCAGGGUUACCCAGUGAACUGUUGUUGGCGCUGACGCACUCAAUAAAAUUGUCGCAAUGUACCUACUAGGUUCCUCCCGAGGGUUCAGGGACAGCAAGGAGAGCUCCAUCCCCCACAGCCCAUCUCCAUUCGGGGUCACCUACGUCAUCUAUGGGUUCUGGUAGUCCUGGGAGAGGCAGGGAAAUGUCCUCGAAAAAGAAAAAAGGGCUGCUCUCCAGAGGCAAGAAACUGCUGCAAAGGCUGGCCGCAGUGAAGUGACCCCUGAGCCUCCGGACACUUCCAAAUCCAUGUCACUGGCUUUAAUUCCAAACGAGGACUCCCAAAACCCAACCUUGACCCCCACCCCCCACUCCCCACCCCAGCAGUAGAGAGAUACACUCUUACACUACCAUUCACAUGAUACCACUGGAGAGAUCAGGGAAGGGGCUGCACCGCGGUCCCCUCCCCCUCCACUCCCAAGGUUCUGUCCAAGGUCUGGGGUGGGGAGGUGGGUGGGGGGCAGCUGGCUGAGCAGCAGAAGGGGCGGGGAGAGGGCUCUCUGCAGCCACCUCCCCUCCACCUGCAGUUCCAGCCGGCACACACUAGAGGGCAGCCCUGACAGGCUUUCUGACCUCCCUCCCCCCAACUUCUCAAGACGUUUGCCUCAUUACACAUUAUUGUCAUUUUCACGCGGCUCUUGAGAUUCCUAGUUUAACUCGCCUUGAUGUUCUGGCCUUAUAACUGCACAGUGGUUUGUACUGUCGAAUAAAAAACACCGUGUAUACUUCGCAUGUGUUGUGCAUUCCUGGUCUUCAUCCUCACUUGACACAGUGGCUUCACCUCAAAGUGGCCCAGGCCCUACACUUUCAGAUGCCUGUCUUGGGUCUUUCAAAGCAAGCCAGCAACACACAGGACAUGUUUACUUAGCCCACCACAUGAGAGACAGGGGAAAGGAGCGGGAGCAACCGGGCAGCAUGCAUGUCCUCUAGCCAGCCAGGGAGCUGACCAAUCUUUGCCUUUAGUGUCCUAUCCUGUGGCUUUUAGCUUUCUGUUCCUUUCAUUAUUUGUUGAAAUGCCUUGCCCCGAGACACCAUCCACAGCACACAUAGCAAAGCCACCACACGCUUCAUUAGCCAGACCAGAAGGAGCCUAAAUUGAAAUCUCUCAGACGUCCCACACCCAUCUUUAUCAUUAGCCUCGAACAGCAGACCUCCCCAGAUGCUGGCUGAUGGGAUGGUCACAACUUUGUAAUUCCUGUCCACUGUAAACUGUUUUUACUUCUUUAUACAUACUUUUCAGACUGCCUUUCUUUUGUAAUUUCUGGAAGGUUUGUAAAUGAAUGGCAAAGCUUUCCCUGUGCGUCUUCAGAAACUAUAUUGUACAUUGUAAUAUAAUUGUAUGUGGUAGAUUGAUUAAAAGGUCGUUCCUCGGUGUGUGAAGUACUGUGCGGGUGUGUGCAUGUGUACAGGUAGGGUGACAUAUUUUCUAGAAAUAAACUUUGUUAUUUUGUACAACA